UCGGUAGUCCUCGGACCUCGCUGCUUCGAGAAACCCGUCCCCAUUUACAGUACGUCAUCAAACGGACCCUUUAAAGCGUCUGUAGCGGCUGUAAUGGCACAAUAUUCGGGAGCGAAGCAAUAUCAGAGUAUGAAAACACUGUCUCCGGUCGAAACGAUGGCAACUAACGAUCCUCUGCCACCUGGCUGGGAGAUCAAAAUUGACCCGCAGACAGGCUGGCCGUUUUUUGUGGAUCACAACAAUCGCACAACGACGUGGAACGAUCCGCGGCACGAUACGAAAAAGAUUUUUUCCAAUGGUCCCUCAAUGUCCCCAGAGUCUCCUCAGGACAUGCACAAAACCUUUAUUAAUGAGAUAAGGCAACCAAUGCUCCGGCAAGGCUACAUCCCCAUUCCCGUCUGCCAUGAAAACCCUGAACCCAGGCUGCAGCAGUAUCCCAGUUUCUCCUACAUUCAUCCAGCGGUGCAGCAGAAUUUGAGAACAGAUGGACGUACACCUUCCCCAACGCCAGCAGCACACUGUCGGCCUAGAUCUCCAGUGCAGACCCCAUCAGAAGCAUGUUCGUCUUGCUCACCUACUUCACACGGGCCUGAGGGUUAUCAACCACAAGGGACCCACCAACAAAUUAGUGGCCUUCACCAGCAGCCCAGAUCCAGCAAUACAGGUCUCCGGGCAGGAUACAUCCCCAUUCCGGUGAUCCAUGAGGGUGCCGGGGGGGUCUUGCCAUCCCAGCUCAGCCAAAGUUCUCAUCCCACUCGAGAAAAGCUCUACCGUGAACAAGUGCCCAUUCAGAUUCAACAGAACCGUGCUGCCAGUCCCAUCUUAGUCCCCUUAAGAGCCCAGUCGCCAGUCAUGGCUCAGAUCAUGGGAGAGAGACCUCAGAUGCAGCAACAUAUUGGACACACAGCCAUACCUUCAAAAAUUGAACAUCCAGUUGAAGAAAUCAUCAGAGUACCUACAUUUGAGGUUCCCAUUCAAAGAGUGAGUGAAGUUCCCCAGCAGAUACAUCAUCAGCCAGUACAACAACAACAACAACCUACACAACAGCCUCAGCCUAAAGCACAACCCUCACCGCAGGUAUCAGAAACAUCCAAUAUUACCAUACAAGUUCCUCCAGCACCAGAGCCCCAGGAAACAGCUGCUCCUCAAACGCCUCAAGAAGUCCCGUCCCCGCAAUACCAGCCUGAAGAGACUCUGGAACAAGAUCUGAGCCACCCAGGACUGGUAAAAGUGCAGCAGAUAGUGGAUCGUGUGGAGAAGCUGGCACAGAACGUGAAGUGCUUCGAUGGAAAGAAAAAUGAUAAAAGAUACUUGGUACUGGAGGAGAUGUUGACUAAAGAACUGCUGGCCCUAGACUCUGUAGAUCCCGAAGGUCGUCCGGAUGUGCGUCAAGCUAGGAGGGACGGCGUCCGCAGAGUUCAGAAUAUUCUAGACGAACUGGAGAUGAUCGGAGAGAUGCAGGCUGGAAAUGAGGCGAAAGGAGAGCAGAGUAUGAUUGACCAGUUGAACACAGAGAGAGUCAAGGAGUUUUCAUAACUGCGCAAAGAAGACACAUUUGAGAACACUAAUAUAAUCCCCAUUCUUCUUAUUACUUGUGCAAUUAUUAUUAGUUGCAUGCACAAAUAAUUGAAGUUUUCUGUUGGAAAUGAUCUAACGUGAUUUGUUUACUGAGUGCUGUUAUGUGAUGCUGCUGUUGUCAAAUCUCACCUUGCCAAUGUCUUGUAGCAAAAGACAUAACGGUGAUCAGUUUUAUUCAAGAAACAUACCUGAAAAUGAGGCCUUGAACCAGAAGAAAGUAUUUUAACGGCCAAAAAGUAUCUUUUGUACCAUGUGGAAUGAAUGAAGAAUAUUCCUUAAGAACACAUAUUGUUUUUGAAGUCGUGAGUUAUCGGUGUGGAAACGUUUUAAUUCGAUUUUUAAAAUCACGUGGAUUAAAAAUGAAGAAAUCUACAUAUUUUAUUUAAGAUUUUUGGUUUUGGAUUAUGGGAUUAUUUUGUUUCAUACUUGUAUAAACAAUUAAUGCCUUAGAAUAUAAUCAUUUUAACAUCGUGCAGAAGAAUAAGUCAUUGUUGAGAGCAAGCUUUGCUGACGGAAUUCCUUGUGAUGGUUUGACCGCUUGUCAGUAUUGUUAUUUGUUGAAUGAAAAGAUACAAAUAAUGCUAUAUUUUUAUUCUAUUUUUCUGUGCCAAAAAGAACAUUUGCACUAGUACGAAUGUUCUGCUUAAAAAUAGAGAAUUUCAAAAAAUAAAUAUUAUAAAAUACUGAUUGAAUAUACAGUAUGGUCGCCUUUAUGAUUAAGGCUUUGUUUUUUUAAGGCAGUCAGGGUCAGUGCAAAGUUGUGGACUCCUGUUUUGUCAACAUUGUGACCUUGAGCAAGAUAACUUAAUCACAACUUGUUCCUAGGGAAACCAAAAGUGUACCAAAAAUGACUUUGUAUAAUCUAUUAGCUCAAUUCAAUUCAAAACCGAGUGCUAUUUGUCUCACAUGAAGCUGGUGAGGCUUUCUUUUUUUAUCUCAAUGACCUGUUACUGACUCAGAUAUCGUACUAAUACUGCGAACAAAACUGGUUUCAAAGUCUGUUUUGUGAAAUAGUAUGCAAUGUUCAGUGUUCACAGCUUGAUUAUUUGCAGUUUGUUAAAAUGUCGACAAGAUAUGGUCACAUAAGCAUGACUGCAAAUAAAAAAAAUUCAAUUAAAUAAAGCACUUUGCUAAAA